AAUCACAAACGAUAACCCGGAAGUGUCAUGGCGUUGCGAUCCAUGCUGAAAGAAAAAUAGAGCACGUUUCUUGCAUGUUUUGAUUUGAGUCUUUAAUUUGGGGUGUUUUCUAGCAUCAGAAGAUCCGGAAUAUCAAAGGAUGGCUGACUCAGGGUCGGGGGAAUCCAGUGGUCAAAGACUCCCAAACGCCAGUGGAAGCGGGAUGGGGCUGCUAGCGGGCCGAAGAACAUCUGCUGGCCUCUCCCCUGGAAGGAUCCCAUCUAUACGUUCUAGGGACCUGACUUUGGGGGGUGUUAAAAAGAAAACAUUUACGCCCAACAUUAUUGGACGAAAAAUCAAAGAAGAACCCAAAGGAGCUGAGGGAGGACAGCGGAGAGAGAGGAGGGAAGACCGAGGCAGAGGCCAAAGGGAUCGAGGCAGGGGCAGGGGCCGAGGAGAGGUCAUUCAGUCUCACUCUAUUUUUGAGCAAGGACCUGCUGAGAUGAUGCUAAAGAAGAAAGGUGUUUAUGAGAGUGAAAGAGAUGCCCCAAGCAUGGGACCUUCACCCAUUAUCAAUAUAAAAAAAGAGUACAGGGAGACAGAGGAGGAAACUAAAGAGAUUCUACGCAAACUCGAGCGAGAUAAUUUUAUAGAUGAUCCCUUUCUAAGAAGUGACCGUCGGAGUUGCCCAGUACAACUGCCCCUUGCUGUAUCAGGGUGGGGAUUUAAAGAGGAGUUUAAUGUUAAAAUUGAGAAAGUAGAAGAGGAGAUAGAACCAAUGGACACAUUACCUGACGAAAAACAGGAGAAAGUCAAGAAGACUGAGGAAACCUUUCGACCCCCUCCUCUCCCUGAGCCUGAGGUUUUGCCUGAUCUGAUGCAUAAAUGGAGUUUGAGCAAAGGAGAGGAGCUUUUCUUCAUGCAGCUUCCAGACUCUCUGCCCGGACAACCUCCCACCAAAGAGAACAAGCCAGUGAAAACAGAAGUGGAAUCAGAAACAGGACAGUCAAUGCUACUCAAAACAGAAACACAGGAAGAUGAGAUUGAUGAGAAUUGCUGUAGUUUGAAGGAUCUACGUGAGGGUCUUGUUGGAAAGAUGCUGGUGAGGAAGUCUGGGCGAGUGCAGCUUAUACUGGGACAAGUGACGUUUGAUGUGUCUUUAGGAACAACUUGCUCAUUUCUACAGGAACUGGUCUCAGUUGGAACUGAAGGAAAAGGGGGAGACAUGACUGUUUUGGGACACAUCAAACAUAAAAUGGUUUGCUCUCCAGAUUUUGAAGCUCUUCUGCAAUCUAGUGCUUGAUGAUGGAGAAACACUGUCCCAAACUUCAUAUCAAUUAUGCAAAGGGAAUCAGUGAAACUAAUACUAUUAAUAUUUAAACUAAAUAAAGCUGCCUUUAAGUUGUUAUAAUAACUACUUUAUUUUAUCGCAGCAACUGUAAAAUAUUGUAAAAUUGUGAAUAAAUUAAUGUUAUCAC